AUGGUGCUGGAGGCGGCGGACCGGGCUGCGGUGCGCGCGCUGUGGCUGAAGCUGGGUAGUAACGUCGGCGUCUACACGACCGAGGCCCUGGAGAGGACCUUCCUGGCCUUCCCUUCCACCAAGACCUACUUCCUCCACCUGGACCUGAGCCCCGGCUCCGCCCAGGUCAGAGCGCACGGCCAGAAAGUGGCCGACGCGCUGACCCUCGCCGUGGACCACCUGGACGACCUGCCCAGCGCCCUGUCGGCUCUGCGUGAGCUGCACGCGCAUAAGCUGCGCGUGGACCCCGUCAAGUUCCAGCUGCUGGUCCACUGCCUGCUGGUGACCCUCGCCCGGCACUACCCCGGAGACUUCAGCCCCUCCCUGCAGGCCUCGCUCAACAAGUUUCUGAGCCACGUGAUCUCGGCGCUGGCCCCCAACUGUCACUAA